AGCAUAGCACCACAAGUCUACCCGUACGUCCACGCAAGUAGUGAGGCGAGCGAUCCAAACCCGUCCCCAACCUGUUGCUCGCCACAAUUCCCCUCGCGGUCCACUACGAUUCCGUUUUUGUCUUCCGUUCUUGGCAAUUUUCGAUCUCCCCAAAGCAGUAGCGGCAGCCGGCAGGUGGGCGGUUGGUGGCGGCUCCGCUGAUCCCCCCCCCCCCCUCCAUCCCACUGGUCUAAAAUGGCGGCCAAUAACAGCAGCGAGCCCCCUAUCCUGGAGGAAGAGGAAGGGGGAGGAGGCGUCGUGAAGCACGAGGAGGCGGAGGGGAAGGGGAAGGCGCCGGCCAGCGCGUCCACGACGAUGCUGCACCGGUCGGGCUCGCGGCCACAGCUCGACCUCAGCGGCGCCGCGAUCCAUGGCACCUUGGAGGACCGGAACCCCACCAUCCUGCUGCCCAACCAGUCCGACGACAUCUCCCACCUCGCCCUCGACAUCGGCGGUUCUCUUAUAAAGUUGGUAUAUUUCUCACGUCAUGCGGAUCAACCCACCGAGGAUAAACGCAAGAUAUCCACGAAGAGAAGACUUGAGAUAUUUACGGGUGCCAGGAGGAGUUACCCAGUUCUUGGAGGGAGGCUCCACUUUGUCAAGUUUGAGACUGGGAAGCUGAAUGAAUGUUUGGACUUCAUUUCUUCCAAGCAACUACACCGGGGUGGAGUUGAUUCACCUUCAUGGCGCUCAGGAGCUCAGCCUGAUAACAUUGUAAUCAAGGCGACAGGUGGUGGAGCAUACAAGUAUGCUGACCUCUUUAAGGAGAGAUUGGGAGUCAGUCUUGAGAAGGAAGAUGAAAUGGACUGUCUCGUAUCUGGAGCCAAUUUUUUGCUUAAGGCUAUACGCCAUGAAGCUUUUACACACAUGGAUGGCCAAAAGGAAUACGUGCAAAUUGAUCAGAACGAUCUGUUUCCAUACCUUCUAGUUAAUGUUGGAUCUGGUGUCAGCAUAAUCAAGGUUGAUGGGCAUGGGAAGUUUCAACGAGUAAGUGGAACAAAUGUUGGCGGCGGUACAUACUGGGGGUUGGGGAGGUUAAUGACGGAGUGCAAGAGUUUUGACGAGUUACUAGAGUUGAGCCAACGUGGAGACAACAGCACCAUUGACAUGCUUGUAGGAGAUAUAUAUGGUGGUCUAGACUAUUCCAAGAUUGGCCUUUCAGCAUCAACAAUUGCCUCUAGUUUUGGGAAGACAAUUUCAGAUAACAAGGAGCUAUCAGAUUAUAGACCUGAGGAUAUUUCACUCUCUCUGUUACGGAUGAUUUCAUAUAAUAUUGGUCAGAUUUCCUAUCUUAAUGCACUUAGAUAUGGACUCAAGAGGAUAUUUUUUGGUGGAUUCUUCAUUCGUGGUCAUGCUUACACCAUGGACACCAUUUCUUUUGCAGUACAUUUCUGGUCCAAAGGAGAAGCAAAAGCUAUGUUUCUGCGUCAUGAGGGCUUUCUAGGAGCACUUGGCGCGUUUAUGAGUUAUGAGAAGCAUGGUCUUGAUGACUUGAGCGCACAUCACUUGGUUGAGCGUUUCCCAAUGGGUGCUCCAUAUGUUGGUGGGAAGAUUCAUGGACCUCCUCUAGGCGAUCUCAAUGAGAAGAUAUCUUGGAUGGAGAAGUUUGUGCAGAAGGGUACUCAGAUUACAGCACCUGUACCUAUGGGAGCUCCUGCUACGACAGGCAUGGGAGGUUUUGAAAGGCCUACUUCCAAGGGGGACAUUUUGCGGUCUGAUGCAAGUGCAGCUCUAAAUGUUGGUGUUCUCCAUCUUGUACCCUCAUUGGAUGUCUUUCCGUUGUUGGAAGACCCAAAGACGUAUGAACCAAACACAAUUGAUCUCGACCAUAAUGAGUUCAAGUACUGGUUCACUGUUUUGUCGGACCAUCUACCAGAUCUUGUGGAGAAGGCGGUUGCUAGUGAAGGCGGGACUGAUGAUGCGAAACGGCGGGGAGAUGCAUUUGCACAUGCCUUUUCUGCUCAUUUGGCAAGGUUGAUGGAGGAGCCUGCCGCUUAUGGGAAGUUCGGUUUAGCCAACCUAUUGGAGUUGAGAGAAGAAUGUUUGAGAGAAUUUCAAUUUUUUGAUGCAUAUGUUAGUAUCAAGCAAAGGGAAAACGAAGCUUCACUGGCUGUUUUACCUGAUCUACUCAUGGAACUUGAUAGUAUGAAUGAGGAAGCUAGAUUGCUUGCACUAAUUGAGGGUGUCCUUGCUGCAAACAUCUUUGAUUGGGGGUCUAAAGCUUGUGUUGAUCUAUAUCACCAAGGAACUAUAAUAGAAAUUUAUCGCAUGAGCCGCAAGAAGAUGCAACGUCCAUGGCGGAUUGACGACUUCGAUAUGUUCAAAAAGAGAAUGCUUAAGAAGGACAAGCCAUACAAAAGAGCACUUAUUUCUGUCGAUAACUCGGGUGCUGACGUGGUCCUUGGAAUGCUUCCUUUAGCACGUGAAUUUCUACGCCAUGGAAUUGAGGUAGUUCUGGUUGCAAAUUCAUUGCCGGCUUUGAAUGAUAUUACGGCUAAUGAACUUCCCGGAAUUGUAGCUGAAGCUGCAAAGCAUUGUGGUAUCCUUCGGAAAGCCGCGGAAGCUGGUGGAUUGAUAGUUGAUGCUAUGGCUGGUAUCCAAGAUGAUGCCAAGGAUGAACCGGUGUCAGUGCCCCUAAUGGUUGUAGAGAAUGGAUGUGGCAGUCCAUGUAUUGAUUUCCGACAGGUUAGCUCAGAGCUUGCAGCUGCUGCCAAGGAUGCAGAUCUGUUAAUCCUGGAGGGCAUGGGGCGAGCACUGCAUACCAACCUCAAUGCCCGUUUCAAGUGUGAUGCUCUAAAGCUUGCGAUGGUGAAGAAUCAGAGGUUGGCAGAAAAGCUUUUCAAUGGGAAUAUUUACGAUUGCAUCUGUAAAUUUGAACCUGUUGACAAUUCUUUAGAGGAUUUGGUAUACUCUGGCGCAGCAGCACCACAGUAAACAGUGUAAUGUUGUGUACUGAAGAACAAUCGUAGGGCCGGCACACACAUGAUGUGAGCAAAAACGAAAAUUAGAGUUUUUUUUCCUUGUAAACAAUACUCCUUACAGUGUACAAAUACUACUUACUGUCUUACUGUGAGGUGGUGCCGUCUGUAACAACAUUUUCACAGACUGCCAGGGGUUUCGCAAA